GGACGGAUAAGGAAUUUUUUAUAUAUGCAUUGUCAUUUAUUUAAUUUUUUUAAUUCAUAUACUACGCAAACAAUGUGGUUAUGUUAAAGAAAACAGUGUUAUAAGUGUUAUAACUCAGCAAUUCAAUAAAAAAUACUGAUAUGGCUACUAUACUGGACAUAUUAAAUGAAGACUGUUGGCGGGUUGUACUGGACUUGCUGCCCACUGCAGACAUCAUAAGAUCUGAGCGGGUCUGCCGAAGUUGGCAACAUGUAAUAUUCCGGUACCUUCAAGUUGUUGGUAUAAGCAUAGAAUAUCCCUGGUAUGGCCACAAGGUUUCUCGUAACCAACGCAUAGUAAAGAUGGAGGAAGAUGAUCCGGAGAAGUUUAAGAUAUUAACGAGGAAAUGGGGCUCAUGCAUCAAGAAAACGGAUUGUGUUAAUGAAGACAGUUUGACAAUUAUUAGGAAGAAUUGUCCCGACUUAGAAGAUGUUACGUUUUACGGAUUACAAGAAGACGCCUUAUUAAGUGGAUCAACAAAGUCAUUCAAGAGACUGAAACGAGUGCACUUCAGAGGCUGCGAUUCUGUAAGAAUAAAUCCUUCAUAUUACGUUAAAACAUCAAGAUUCAAACACUACUUUGCUUUUUGUGGUCUCUACUGCUUUAUACUCAAGGCUUAUUUUGGUACAUGUUGUAUGAAUAAAAAACAGUUGACAGAUGCAUGCGUGAAGCAUUGGCUGGUGACCUACAACAUCGAAGAGCUAAUUGUAUGGGGCGCUGAAGAUUUGACUGGAAAAUGUUUAUUAACUCCGCACUCUUCAAAACUAAAGGGUCUAUGCUUUAAAGAGUGUGAAGCCUUGGAUUACCGUCAUCUGCUCUCUGCUACAAAACACCUAACAGAUUUAAAGAAGUUGGUACUGGUUUAUGUUCCUCAACCGAUCUUUCAGCAUGUCCAUUUAUUGUUGGAUAAGCUCUCCCGAUUGGAGGAUUUGUGUUUGCGUUGGGAGAAGAGGAUGGAAUUGGAAGAUGAUUGGGCUGAGUCUAUUGGACGGCUGAGGUUACGAUAUUUGGAUGUGAGUUUCAACCCUAAUGUGACGGAUGAGUGGCUGGAGAAGGCCUCUUGUGGCUUUGAACGGCUCAAAGAAUUAAAUUUAGAAGGCUGUUUAGGUAUAUCGGGACUCGGGGCAAAAGCGGCGUGCAGCGUGGCGGGACCGUCGCUUCAGGGGCUACACCUCGGCUCCAAUGUUAAAAUAAACGAUGCAUCCGUAGAAGAUAUCGUCCGAGCUUGUCCCAACCUCGUGUGGAUCAACUUGUCUUACUGCCACGGCGUAACGGAAGACAUCGUGGCUCGGUUAGGGAAAGCGCGCAGCGUUUGUGACAGAAAGAUGCGGCUCAUACUCCAAGACUCCGCGGUAGAGGGACUUGAAAAGGAUAAGUACCCAUGGCUGAUCUUGGACUUUGGAGACUGAAGUUGAAGUUAUAUCAGGAUAUAGUGCAAGUAGUAAAUGGCGUAGCGCAGAGCAAUCUAGAGACGACGAUUAACAACCUCAUGUUAUAUGGAUAAUAGUUAUAAUUUGCAGAUAAUAUGGAAAACCAGUUUUCUCAGUUGAAAAAGUCAAACUUUUCGAAUUUGCUGCCUUGUUUACUGACAAAGGUAGUUUGUUAGAGUAUAGUUGGUUCCAUCCUGGGUGCCUGCUUAUUUGUAAAUAAAAUCUAUUAGAAAUAAUCUACAUUGUUUACUUUUUACUGGACCUAUUCUAAGGUAUAGUUUAGUUUUAACCAUUCCACCUUU